CUCUCCGAGGUGGCCAAGAUCCCGUGCAGCGCCCGGGGUGGGGGCCCGCAGGCCAUGGACGCCCGGCGGGAGCAGCUCCCCGGGCCCGCGGCCCCCAGCCCGCCCAACGCCCCGUCAGACGAGGAGGAGGAGGGGGCGGUGGGCGAGGCCAAGGCCAGCGGCGUGACCCCCGCACCCCCACAGACCCUCCUAUGUCGGCCCCAGACGACGGCCGAAGAGACGGAGGCCACCAGCGUGGCCCAGGAGACGCCCUUCAAGACCCCGGAGAAGAAGGCGGACGGUGGCAAGGAAAUCCCCGCCUCUCAGGUCCGCCACCAGGAGACCCCUAAGUCCCCAGACCCAAAAGAUGAGAAGCAGCUAAUCGUGCAGAAGAUGAAGAAGCUGAUUGAGGCUGAGGUACAGAAUUCCGCCCUGAGUCCUGUGUUCCAGGAGUCUAUGCAGAUCCUCACCAGCCUGAGCCAGACCAAGCCAGCGCUGAGCUCCCGGGAGAAGCGCGAGCUGGUGGGAGCCUGCGUGAAGGGGGUCUUCACCCGGUGCGAUGGGCCCAGCUGGCCGGGCCUGGCCCCGCCCGACCCCCGGGACGCCCAGACGCUGCCCAGCCAGACGUUGGGCACCUUGGCGGCGAUGCUGGAAGCGUUUUUCUUGGAGGAGCCGAGCCCAGCCGAGCUCCAGAACAUCCUGGAGGUGCUGGGUCCAUGGAUAACCGCCAGCUGCCUCUGUGCCCGGGCCCAAGCCGUGGCCUGCAGCGUCUUUCUGCUCAACAAGGCUCUACAGCACCCACGCUUCCUCACCCACUCAGAGUUCCCGGGGAUCGGUCUCCUGCUUGGACGGCUUCUUCCCCGCGUCAGUGAUCCCGACAAAGAGAUUGGCAGCAAGGCCCUGGAUGGCAUCUGUGUCCUCUACACCAUCUUGGAACUCCAGAAGAUGCCCGGCUUAACUGUCAACUGUAGCAGAACAGAGCUGUGUGAGAGGAACAGAAUGUUCCUAGGGCCCUACAACCCCGCCAGCCCAUGCCAGAACAUCUUGAAAGUGGUUGCGGAGUUUGGGGACUUCCUGGGUCCACAGCAGGUGAAAGACCUGCUCUUGGCCAGCCUGGAAGGCCUGCAGGACAGGGAUGAGGAUGGCAGGGAAGAUGGUGACCAAAGGUCCGAGCUACUGGAGACCAUGCACUUAGCCACGGAGGUCACACUGAGCUCGAUGCUGGAGUGGUACCUGCACAGGGUGGAAGAGGUGAUCCCAGACAUGAUCCAGGGAAUUCACCUGAGGCUGAGCACAGUUCACGAGCCGCGGGCCCGGCAGGUGGUCCUGCUCCCCAUCUCCAUGCUGGCCAGCUCCUUCCUGACCGAAGUGGUCAUCGCCCUGCUGAUGUGCCCGCUGCCCCUGGACAGCCACGGGGCGGAGAUGUGGAGGCAGCUGGUGGCCCACAAGCCGAGCUGUGACAUCCGGGAACUGCUGGAGCUGCUCCUGACCAGCCUCAAGGAAAAGCCACUCACUGGACCCGGGCAAGAGUCCAUCGUGCCCCUGGCGGCGGCCAGCGGUCUGUGUGAAGUCCUGGGCGUGCACAGCUGCCUGGGCCACGUGCGGCGGCUGUACCCCCAGCUCCUGCUGGCCCUGCUGGUCCAAAUCCACUACCACAUCGACCUCAGCCUGCCCGGACAUGUCGUCUCGCAGCACCAGGGCCAAGUUCAGAGCCUCCAGGCCUUUUUCACACCCGUCGGCUGGGUGGUGAAGGUGGUGAAGUCUCUGCUGCUGCGGAUGGGCUGUCGCUAUGAGGCCACGCUGCUGGAGAAGCAGGGAGGCUGGGACCACCUGGCCCUGUCCACCGACCAUCACCGCGGCGUCGGCCUGCUGGCCAGGGCCAUGGUGCAGUAUUCCUGCCAGGAGCUCCUGCGCUUCCUCUACCUGCUGGUACCACUGCUGGAGCGGGGCGACCACAGGCACAAGGUCACCGCCAUGGCCUUCUUCGUCGAGCUCCUGCGGCUGCAGCAGGCCCGACGGAUCCCGGACGUGUAUGCCCUGCACCGCCUGGAGGGAGCCCUAGAACACGCUGACCCGGUCAUGCACGUGCUCUCCUUGCGAGGCCUGGCCCUACUGACCCAUAGGCCUCGGAAGAGAGCCAAGGUCCAGGAGCUCCUGCCCGCCAUGGUCAAGGGGUUAGAACACGUGGACGGGUCGCUAGUGGUGGAGGCCAUCAACAACCUCCACGUCAUCCUCAAGACUCUGGGCUGGCGAGGGAAGAGCGGGCCCAUCUACCUGGACACCGUCCUGAUCCUGAAGCCCCUCUUCAGAGAUGCAAGGGAGAACGUGCGCUCGGAUGCCAUCGCGCUGCUCGGAAAAGUGGUCAAGCUUCUGGGAAAGUUGUCCAAGACCGUCUUGAAGGAGCCGCUGCAGGGCUGCCUUGUGCCCUUGCUCUUGCACCUGCAGGAGGGGAGCCCAGGCCUGGUCAAGAACUGCAAGAAGACCAUGAGCCAGUGCUCCCGGCUCAUGGGCUGGGAGCUGCCCCGGAAGGUGAACAGCACCAAACCAUGGCACGACCACCAGCAGAUCGUGGCCGACAUCUGCCAGUUCCUGGUGAGGACGUUUCCCAGCAGCACCCUGGACUUCCUGUCGCAGAGCCAGGAGUACACCAGGAGUCCCCUGGAUUGCCUCCGCAGGGCCGCCGUCAUCUUCAUCGGCUUCCUGGUGCCGUGUAUGGACACCCUGAUCCCUGGCAAGGUCCUGGCAGAGGUCAAGGCAGAGCUCGAGGCCCUGCGCCAUGACCCCGAGGCGUCCGUGUGCAUCUUCGCGGCCCAGGCCCAGGAGCGCAUCGUGUCCAGCAGCUGGCGGGCCUCCUGGCCCCACCCACACGGGGACACGCAACCCUUGGAGCCGGCCAUGUCCCACCGCUGGAACCCCAGCUACGAAAGCCUGGCCGUGUCCCACCGGCCCCACACCUACCACUUCACCGCCCUGCGGGCCUGGAGGCAGGGCUUCACACUGUGACGGCCCCCUGCCCGCUCCGGCCCGCUCCCUGGGCCCUGCAGUCCGGGCUCGGGUUCCGGCUCCGGCCAGCUCGCUCCAGCCUGCGGUCUGGGCUUCGGCCUGCCCGCUCUGGGCCCUGCAGUCCCGCACAUAAAUGCGCACAAUUGGCAGCAGCCCAGCUCCGGGUCUCAAUCGUUGGUACUUUUUGAGUGCUUCCUAUGCUAAGAGCCUAUACUACCACUACUAAUUAU